AACCUGCAGUUGACUGUGUUUGGUUCAUUAUUUUUAUUUACAGAAAGUUCAUGAAUACUUAACGAGCGAAAUAUGCUCCUACUAGUUAUUUAUCUAUUUAUUGUGUAUUUCAUAUGAAUCGAUUUCCAUAUUUAGAUAGUUAGGUAACAAAAAUAUUUUUUUCCUUUUAACUAUUAAACGCUUAACUAUACGUGUCUUAUCUAAACUUAAACAAUAUUAAAAAUGAUAUAAUAUAAAAUAUAGGUACCUACGUUUAUAUUUACUAAUCUUUCAUUGUAUUUUUUACACAACUACUAUGAAGUCCACACGAUUUUUGAACGAGUCUCAGACGAUUCUAGUGCAACAAUCAUGGCCUAUGAUAGUUUCAAAUAAUUUUUGGACUACAUUUUAUAUUAAUCUUUUCAAGAGAAGUCCAUCAUAUCAAUUACAGUUCGAUCGCUUCGCUCAUGUUCCAUUCGAAGAACUUGAAUCGAACGUUCACUUUUUGGCACACUCUUUUAGGACCGGAUUUGCAUUUAAUACUGCUAUUGAACACUUGAAAACACCUGAGGAGUUACACAAAAUCCUUGUGGAUUUGGGAGAAAAACAUCGCAAGUUCCAUCUUACGGCCGAACAUUUUGAGAUCAUCAAAGACAUACUCAUAUGUAUGAUUGAGGAGCGCAUAGUGCCGACAGACGUACCUGCCAGAGACACGCUUCUGGUGGAGGCGUGGAAGCCGUGCAUAACCUUGGUGAUCGGAAUGAUCAUGGAUUCAGCGACCGCCACGGUUAAUUAAAUGGCAAUUUAUACGCCGACGACGACGAUAAUAUUAUUAUCACGGUAGACAGUGUAUAAUAAAUGUUUAUAGACACACAUGUACGGUUAUAUACACUUAAAUUUAUAAUAAACAGUAA